AUGUUCCGGCACCUUUUACCAAUCCUACUAUUCGGAUUCCACUACCUACAAAUAGCCCAGCCCACUGUAGCAGCUCAAUCACUCCAAUUCGGCACCACAGCCAGUGAUUACGUUAGAUUCUACCCUGAUAUGAGUAAUGUUAAACACGCUCUGACUGUAUGCUCAUGGGUUAAAAAACAGCAGACUGGGACAGCCAGAUCCUGGAUAACCUACACAACAAGUACUCAUGGAUACGAAAUCCUCAUCUCUGACGCUGGAGGCUAUAACUACAUUCACACCAGGGGUUUCAGUGUGUCUGUUUCAGUGCCGCUCAACACAUGGACCCACCAAUGCCAGAGCUGGUCCACAAGCUCUGAAACACUAAAGGUAUACUACAACGGAAAUCUGGUAGGGUCAUACAGAGUUGACAAUACUUCUCCAUUAGAAGAGGGGGGCUACAUUCUCCUGGGUCAUGAUAGUGGUAGCCCAAGUGAACAUGAAAUAUUCGGAGGACAGCUGAUGAAGUUGAAUAUAUUUGGAAAGGAACUAAGCGGGACAGAAGUUGCAGAGAUGUAUCGGGGUGGCAGAUGUUCUGAAGUGGAAAAGAAGUUCGAUAAUGUCCGGUUCAUUACCUGGGGAAGUAUUCUCAGUCAGCCCAGAACUGGUAACGUGAGAAAAGUCAACUUUAAUUCUGCGUGUCAACCAGUUGCAGGUAAAAAAUAA